CGGGAGGAAACUGAGGCCCGGAGCUAGGCAGUGACCUGCCCAAGUUCACACAGUAGCCUGGUGCCAUCAUUCUGUGGCAGAGACCAAGCCCCCAACCCCGGGCCUGCGGGGCGUGUUCCUGGGGGUCGGGCCCCGGGCCUGGAAUGGGAUGAGUGAGUGAGUCGGCAGUGAUCAGCACAGUCCGGGUCUUUUGGGGGAAGGCCCAGUGUUGCAGAGGGCGGGCAGAAGGCAGUCGGCCAAGGGCAUCAGCCUGCGGCAUUCAAGGCCGUCCUGGCUCUUGGUUCCUCUCAGCCCGGGGCCUUCAGGGAAGCCAGCAGGGCCAGAAGGCACUGGUGAUUUAGGAGUAGACCAAACUGGGUUUUAAUUCCUGUCUUCCGCUCACCAGCUAGGCGAACUUGUGCAAAUUACUGACCUUCUCUGAGCCUCAACGUGCUCCCCUUUAAAAAUCCUCCCUCCUGGGCUUGUUGAGGAUUUCACGAUGUGGGUCUGUGCCCAGGAGCAAUGCCCCCACUUUGCUCGGAGCUCUGGCUGCUCAACUGCUCGGUCUGUUCACGUUUCCCGGCGCUCGGUGCUGUGUCAGGGGCUGGGGCUGAAGAAACAAAUAACUCAAGGUCCCUGCGACCCAGAGCCUGCGGGUAAGCGGAUGGGGGCAGGCGAAUGGAAGGUGAUGGGGGUAUCUGGCAUCUCUGAGGGGCUCUCCUGAAUUGCUGUGUGGCUCGGAGCAGCCCCUCGCCCUCUCUGGGCCUCUGUCCCCGCCCUCCCAGAGCAGUCCUGUGAGGAGUCCGCCCCCGGCUUUCAGGCGAGCUUGUGCCAAAGAUAAACCAGACAGGGAGGAAAGUCCCUCCUCCCUGAGGAUGAACCAGAUCAUGCACAGGAUCCCAGCUCCUUAAAGAAAAGGAGGCGCCUAAAUUGUAGGGGCAGAAAGCUGUAAUUUUGCGGCUCCUGGCAUCCAGCCUCUUAAACUUUGACAGGGAAGAUGGGCCCAGAUGGGGGGUGGAGGCAGGGAGUCUUCCAGGGAGGGCAGGGGCUCUGGGAGGGGCUAUUGCACCCCCGGGUACAAAGACAGGGCCUGGCCGGUCGCGCGCGCCCGUGUGUGCGUGUGUGUGUGUGUGUGUGUGUGUGUGUGUGCACGUGCCCAAGAAAGAGGUGGGAGGGGGGUGUCCUCAGGGCUCACCUCCAGGCUUCCCUGGGGGCAUCUGUCCCUGCAGCCUGGAAAUUAAGUUUGCCCAGCUCCCAGGCUGUCUCAGGAGCCUGGCGCUUUCCUGCCUCCUGCAGCCCCGGGCUGUGAUUGGCUGUCCCGUGGGGAUGCUGUAAAGAGAAUGUGCGCAGGGCAGCAAGGUGGAUGGAUGGGUGACGCAGGGCUCCGGGGCUGAGGAAGCCAGAACUCCAAGGUCUCAGAUUCCACGUUUCCAGGUUGAACAAGGGCCGAUUCUGGCAUUCAGGAAUUCUGACAUUCGGACUCAAGGACGCAGAAUCUAAAAAUCUGUGACUCUACAACUCAGGCCUAAGAAUCUAAAAUUCUGGUUUUAGGAUCUUACGAUUCCAGGGGUUUGAGCCCACGAUCCUAAGAGUUCAAGAGCCCGAAGAACAGCGAGGGAAGCUCUAAAUAGGUUGGUGGGAGAGUGGGAUGCAGGCUGGGUGCCUCCCCAAGGCCCAGCCUCAGUCUGCCAGCCUGUGAAAUGGACACGCGUGCGUGUGUGUGUUGGGGGUGGGGGGGGAGGAUGAUCUUAAGGGUCCUCCCAGGUCUGCCCCUUCUUAGCUGUGUGACCGGGGCUAACGUGUCCAAUGGUGGGGACAACACUCGUCCUUCCCCCAUCAGACCCCUAGGAUGCUGCAUUUCACUAGCUUCGCCUGGAACCUGGCAGCUGGGGUCAGUGACAACGAGCCGGAAGAGCUGUUAGGAUCCUAUGAGCCCCGUGUUCAGAUAGCCCCUCCCUUAAUGCCGCCGUCCCAGAGUCAGGAUAGCUGAUGGGGUCCCGGGGUGAUGAUGGGGCACCCCCUGGGGUUGGAGGAGCAGGGGGGGGUGCUCUGAGCCCAACCAGCCUGGGGCAUCAUCAGGAGCAACCAAGGUCAAGGGGUUCUUUGCUAUUCUAGGCAGUGCCCGGCCUGGUGCUCAGAGAGACUUUAGAAACCGAGACGUUUGUUCCUAGUUAGGGUGCUUCCCUUUUCCAGAAGUUUUGCAUCUUUUUUUUUUAAUGUUUAUUUAUUUUUGAGAGAGAGAGAGAGAGAGAGAGAGAGAGAGAGCGCGAGUGGGGGAAGGGCAGAGAGAGAGGGAGACACAGAGCCAGAAGCAGGCUCCAGACUCCGAGCCGUCCGCACAGAGCCCAACGCAGGGUUCGAAUUCACGAACCGUCGGAUCAUGGCCGGAGCCGAAGUCGGACGCUCAACCGACUGAGCCACCCAGGCGCCCCCAGAAGCUUUGCAUCUUAAAAAUAGUGUCCAGAUAGGGCAAUGCAGGUGGCACUGGAAGGAUCCGGGCACAGUGUUGGGUCAGAAGGGGGAUAUCAGAGGCUUUCCUUCUCUCUCAGGGUUUUCUGUAGGGACAGGCAGGAGCCAAGGGAUGGUGGGGGGAGGUCAUCAGGAAGAAGGGGUGGGGAGCCUUGGCCUCCACCUGGGCCUCCUGAGAGCCAGAGGUAGGCUAGCAAGUUCCGAGGUGGGUGGCCUUUCCUAGCGGGUCUUGAAUUUCCACUGUCGGCAAUUCCCACCCCCUUUGCAUUAAGAAUUGUCCACCCCGGGUUCCUCUGAUUCAUCCGAUGCCUCCAACACCGAUGCAGAGCCUGUGCUGUACGAGGGACGAGGAGACGCUUCAAAGCGGAGUGAGAGGGUCUCCAUACUUAGGGAGAGUCAGUCUAGCGUGGAAGCCGGGAAGCGUCUAGCUCCUUGCAACACACGGGAGGCACGAUAAGAAAGGCCAAUAGCUGCCCGCUGACUGCCGCCACCCCCGCCUCCUCGGCCAUGGACACCCCUGGUUUUCCUUCAUCGGCCCCCACCGCCUGGGAGCCUGGGAACGCCUCCUCGGCCUGGCCCCCGGAUGUCGCCCUCGGGAACGUGUCCGCGGCCCCGAGCGUGGCGGGGCUGGCCGUCAGCGGUGUCCUGAUCCCUCUGGUCUACCUGGUGGUGUGCGUGGUGGGCCUGCUGGGCAACUCGCUGGUCAUCUACGUGGUCCUGCGGCACACGGCCAGCCCGUCGGUCACCAACGUCUACAUCCUCAACCUGGCGCUGGCCGACGAGCUCUUCAUGCUGGGGCUGCCCUUCCUGGCGGCCCAGAACGCCCUGUCCUACUGGCCCUUCGGCUCCCUCAUGUGCCGCCUGGUCAUGGCCGUGGACGCCAUCAACCAGUUCACCAGCAUCUUCUGCCUCACGGUCAUGAGCGUGGAUCGCUACCUCGCCGUGGUCCGUCCCGCCUGCUCCGCCCGCUGGCGCACGGCGCCCGUGGCCCGCACGGUGAGCGUGGCCGUCUGGGUGGCCUCGGCCGUGGUGGUGCUGCCCGUGGUGGUCUUCUCGGGUGUGCCCCACGGCAUGAGCACCUGCCACAUGCAGUGGCCCGAGCCGGCGGCCGCCUGGCGCGCGGGCUUCAUCAUCUACACGGCCGCGCUCGGCUUCUUCGGGCCGCUGCUGGUCAUCUGCCUCUGCUACCUGCUCAUCGUGGUCAAGGUGCGCUCGGCCGGGCGGCGGGUGCGGGCGCCCUCGUGCCAGCGGCGGCGGCACUCGGAGCGCAGGGUCACGCGCAUGGUGGUGGCCGUCGUGGCGCUCUUCGUCCUCUGCUGGAUGCCCUUCUACGUGCUCAACAUCGUCAACGUGGUGCGCCCGCUGCCCGAGGAGCCCGCCUUCUUCGGCCUCUAUUUCCUGGUGGUGGCGCUGCCCUAUGCCAACAGCUGUGCCAACCCCAUCCUCUACGGCUUCCUCUCCUACCGCUUCAAGCAGGGCUUCCGCAGGGUCCUGCUGCGGCCUUCCCGCCGCGUGCGCAGUCAGGAGCCUUCUGCCGGGCCUCCGGAGAAGACUGGGGAGGAAGAGGGCGAGGAGGCGGCAGGGGGGCGGGGGCGGGGGAAGGAGAUGAACGGCCGGGUCAGCCUCAUCGCACGGCCCGGCACCGGCGGGCAGGAGCGGCCGCCCAGCGGCACGGCCAGCAAGCAGAGGCAGUUCCUGCCCCGAGAGCCCGCAGCCGGGGGCAAGCCGGGCGCACUGCGCGCCAGCUGUCUGUAGGGGCCCGCGGGAGGCCAGCGUGGUCCAAGCACGGGGCAGAAGCUGUGGGGACGCCGCGGGCGGGCCACCCACGGUGCCCGGGGCCCCGUGACGGGAUGUGUGGAGGCCUGGGCUCCCAUCCUGUGGCUGCUGAGACUCACGGUGUGACCCUCGCGUAGGUCACUUUCCUUCCCUGCACCUCGUGUUCUCUUCUGUGACUCAGGGAUGGGAGGACUGAGCCUGGCCCGGCUCUGCCGGACGAGAAGUCCGGAGGGGCAUUGCCGCGGGCCGACCUGCCUGCGUGGGGCCCAGAGAGCUGCGCACCGGCCUUCCCCCUCAAAGACAGAGCAUCCUGGCAGAUGGGCCCGGAUCUUGGCCCUCGGAGGGACGGACCGAGGUCUGGAUCGCCCGGGGCUCAGAGUCAGGCUCCCAGGAGAGGGCCUGGGACCCCAAAUAGAAGAAAGUCUUACCCAGUGCAGGGAGGGGUACACACUGCUUAGGCCCCACAUCAGCUCUCCCCCACUCGCUGCAAGGCCUGGGCGGGCUCUUCUCUCUGGGCCUCAGGCCUCCCUUGCUGAACAACCCAGGAACCUCCAGGCCCUCUCGGCCCCGGGCGGCCAGCACUGGGGCUCCCGUGCUCCUGGACAGAAUUGUCCGGGAUUUUGCAGGACAGUCAGGCAGUUCACCUUCGGGGCCCCUUACCCCUUGGGCCCUUCCAAGGCCCUGUAUCUUAUUUUGUACUUGUAAUUUUGUAUUCUUUUUCAUAAAGACGGACCCCACACUGCAUACAUUUAGGCCACCUAAAGCCUGGCUCAGCUCCCGUUGAGGGCAGCUGACCAAUCCCCAAAGCGGCUCACUCUGCGUCCCGUGGCUGGAGUGGGGGUGUCUCUGGGCGUCUGUGGGCUCCAGGAGCCUCCCCUUAGCAGCUACCCCCUGGCGUUCCUCCCCUCGCGGAGACCAAGGCAGGAUCCGGGCCAGGCAGACUGGCAGGGAAGCACAGCGUCUCAACAGCGUGGUGGAGAGAAGGAGGGAGAGGAGGAGAGAGAAGGGAGGGAAGGAGGAGGAGGUGGGUGGAGGACAGAUCUGCUCCGUGAUCUUGGAGCGAUCCUUGGCCCCUCUGGGCCGGGCUCAGGUGCAGCGUCCCCGAAGGCAGGCUGUGGAUGCCCGGCCUGAUCAAUCUCAAGAAAACGAUGCAGUGAGGACGGGAAAGCAAAUGGUCUGGAAGGCACAGCGCUGGCUGCCCGGAGGGCCUGUCUGUGCUGGUUAGAAGGGGCCGUGUCUUGAUGGAAGCCCCUCAUUCUCUGGGGCUACAGUUUGAGGAGGCCCAGGGAAGACAAGCCAGCGGGGCCUGGACAGGGACCACAGGGAGGGGCUGCCAUGCAAGGACUCUCUCUCCAGAGAUAACCAUUUAGAGCCACAGUGAGGCUGGCCCUGGGGAGGGUGGUACUCAGGCUAAAUCCCUCAAUCCUCCCUCCCCCACCCCCCGCGGAGGGCAGGGAGCUCCUCAGGGAAAGUACGUGAAACCACAAUUUGGGGAGACCUAGGUCUCCAACCCACCUCAGGAUCCUGCCUAGCCUUGACCUCUCUGGGCCUCAGUGUCUCCAGCAUAAAACGGAGGUUGUCCCGGCUUGCCUACCUGCUCAGAUCUGGGGAAGAAAAUGAGUCAUGCUGGGCAAGCCGCCAAGCACACCGCGACGGGUGGGGGUGGGGGUGGGUGCGUCACGUUAUAAAGUGGAAACGACGCCCAUGCCAUGCCAGGCUUGGCCGACACCUGCUCCUUCCGCCAGCAGCUUCUCUGGCUCUGGCUCUCGGAGGUAAGAAUACUGCGGGGCCCAAGACAGGAGGAAGGCUCCGGAGAGUCAGAGGCCAAAGACAGGGAGGGCUUGGGGAACGCGGCCCCCUCAGGAGGUCACCGAAACAGACUUCGUACACGUGUUGGCGCUGGAGCCCCGGCCCCCAGUCUGGGAUUCCCGUGAUGAGGAUCUGGGGGUCUGAGGGAAGAAGGGCCCGGCAUCUCGGCAUUCCCUGGCCGGCCCCGCCUUCCUGAGCCCUGGGACAGGUGUGCCUGUUCUCCAAGGGCAGCUGGAAGGCCCUUUAGGGAAAUCCUGUGCAGCUCCUCCCCCUAGUUCUUGUCAAUAAAGACAGUGACCCCCGACAAGAGCCGUGACCUGGGCCAAUUCCUCUGCCAGGUGCUGUGCGUCUAGACUGGUGUG